GUGACUGCCAGUGACCCGCAAGUGUAUCUACAUGGCGAACAAAUGGGAGGAGUAUGUGGAACGUAUCGGGUAUUCUGAUCGUUAUUCCGAUGACAAGUUCGAAUACCGACAUGUCAUACUUCCAAAGCCAUUACUCAAGAUGAUUCCGAAAGAGUUCUUUGCUGCCGAUGGUUCAGGUACACUGCGUCUUCUGACUGAGGCUGAAUGGAGAGGCAUUGGGAUAACGCAAAGCCUGGGUUGGGAGCACUAUGAGGUUCAUGCGCCGGAGCCACACGUUUUGUUAUUCCGUCGACCAAAGAAUUACCAACCUCCUCAGCAAACAGUCUCAACAAGCGCCGCAACACUCGCAAGCGGGGUGGCCGCUGGAAGAGUGAGAGCCGGUGGAAGGAAAUGAAGCCAAUGAAUGUGUUGAGGCCUGCCUCGCCAACCCUUUUCGUCAUGCACUGUUCUAUUCUACCACAUUUCUGGCCGUACUUGUAGCACCACGUUCAAUGCUCUCACAGAAUUGCAUGUCUUCGUUCACACCCUCGAAUACCGGGAGAAGCACGGUUUCCCGAUGGACACUCGCUCACCUAGAGCGCAUCCUUUGCCCUAGGGAACAACCAAUAACCUGGCGUAUGGCACUCACUAUCUCCCAUCUUUGUUCAUUGGCAACUCAUUUAAU